CGCGGGGCCGCCUCCCCCUCCCGUUCAUCCCCCCCCGGGGCCGGCGGCGCGGAGCGGGCGCUGCCCAUGGGCCGGGCAGGAUGCCGGUGCGGCGGGGGCACGUCGCCCCCCAGAACACCUUCCUGGACACCAUCAUCCGCAAGUUCGAGGGACAGAGCCGCAAGUUCAUCAUCGCCAACGCCCGCGUGGAGAACUGCGCCGUGAUCUACUGCAACGACGGCUUCUGCCAGCUGUGCGGCUACUCGCGGGCCGAGGUGAUGCAGAAGCCCAGCACCUGCGACUUCCUGCACGGGCCCCGCACGCAGCGCGGCGCCGCUGCCCAGAUCGCCCAGGCGCUGCUGGGCGCCGAGGAGCGCAAGGUGGAGAUCUGCUUCUACCGCAAGGACGGCAGCUGCUUCCUGUGCUUGGUGGACGUGGUGCCAGUGAAGAAUGAGGAUGGGGCUGUCAUCAUGUUCAUCCUGAACUUUGAGGUGGUGAUGGAGACAGAGCGCCCAGGCUCGCCCGACAAGGACACCAACCACUGGGUCACCCCUGCCACCUGGCUUCCUGCAGGGCGCAGCAAGUCCUUCCGGCUGAAGCUGCCAGCGCUGCUGGCACUGGCGGGCAGCAAACAGUCGCUGCCACAGGAGCCGCCCGACGCCGUCGUCGUGGACUUCUCCAAGCAGAGCAGCGAGUCUGGCGCCGAGGAGCCCAUGUCCUCGCUGGAGCCUGGCUGCCCGGGGGGCAUGCAGCCCGAGGACAAGGCGGCGCUGAUGGGGGACGAGCCCCCCGAGCCGCCCGUCACCCACUCGUCGCCGUGCACCGAGCGCCUGGCCCUGCACGCCGCCUUCUCCAACUGCAGCCUGGCGCGCAGCCGCUCCCGCGAGAGCGUCCACAGCGUGCGCCGCGCCUCCUCCGUCGACGACAUCGAGACCAUGAAGGGCGAGGGUGACAAGCGCUGCCACAACCGCCAUGCCAGCGCUGGUGCCGGCAUGCACCGUGGCUCCAGCACCGGGGCCAUGAACAACGUGCGGAGCGCUCUGCUGAACUCCACCUCGGAUUCGGACCUGAUGCGCUACCGGGCCAUCAGCAAGAUUCCCCAGAUCACCCUCAACUUUGUGGACUUCAAGGCAGAUGCUUUCCUGGCUGCGCCGCCGGGUGAGAAGGAGAUCAUCGCCCCCACCAAGCUCAAGGACCGGACCCACAACGUCACCGAGAAGGUCACCCAGGUGCUGUCACUGGGUGCCGACGUCCUCCCCGAGUACAAGCUGCAGGCGCCGCGCAUCCACAAAUGGACCAUCCUGCACUACAGCCCCUUCAAAGCGGUGUGGGACUGGCUCAUCCUGCUCCUCGUCAUCUACACUGCCAUCUUCACCCCCUACUCAGCUGCCUUCCUGCUCAACGACCAGGAGGAGGCCCAGCGCCACAACUGCGGCUACUCCUGCAGCCCCCUCAACGUGGUCGACCUCAUCGUCGACAUCAUGUUCAUCAUCGACAUCCUCAUCAACUUCCGCACCACCUACGUCAACUCCAACGAGGAGGUGGUGAGCCACCCUGCCAAGAUUGCCAUCCACUACUUCAAGGGCUGGUUCCUCAUCGACAUGGUGGCUGCCAUCCCCUUCGACCUCCUCAUCUUUGGCUCCGGCUCUGAGGAGACCACCACGCUGAUCGGGCUGCUGAAGACGGCACGGCUGCUGCGGCUGGUGCGCGUGGCCCGCAAGCUGGACCGCUACUCGGAGUACGGGGCGGCCGUGCUGUUCCUGCUGAUGUGCACCUUCGCCCUCAUCGCGCACUGGCUCGCCUGCAUCUGGUACGCCAUCGGCAACGUGGAGGGGCAGCGCAUCGGGUGGCUGCACUCCCUGGGCGAGCAGAUCGGGAAGCCGCUGAAUGCCAGCGACCCGCGCCGCGGGCCCACCAUCAAGGACAAGUACGUGACGGCGCUGUACUUCACCUUCAGCAGCCUCACCAGCGUCGGCUUCGGCAACGUCUCCCCCAACACCAACUCCGAGAAGAUCUUCUCCAUCUGCGUCAUGCUCAUCGGCUCGCUGAUGUAUGCCAGCAUCUUCGGGAACGUGUCGGCCAUCAUCCAGCGCCUGUACUCGGGCACUGCGCGCUACCACACGCAGAUGCUGCGCGUCCGCGAGUUCAUCCGCUUCCACCAGAUCCCCAACCCCCUGCGCCAGCGCCUCGAGGAGUACUUCCAGCACGCCUGGUCCUACACCAACGGCAUCGACAUGAACGCGGUGUUGAAGGGCUUCCCCGAGUGCCUGCAGGCUGACAUCUGCCUGCACCUCAACCGCAGCCUGCUGCAGAACUGCAAACCCUUCAAGGGGGCCACCAAGGGCUGCCUGCGAGCCCUGGCCAUGAAGUUCAAGACGACUCAUGCCCCGCCUGGGGACACGCUGGUGCAUGCGGGCGACGUCCUCACUGCCCUCUACUUCAUCUCCCGCGGCUCCAUCGAGAUCCUGCGCGGCGACGUGGUGGUGGCCAUCCUGGGGAAGAACGACAUCUUCGGGGAGCCGCUGAACCUGUACGCACGGCCGGGCAAGUCCAACGCCGACGUGCGGGCGCUCACCUACUGCGACCUGCACAAGAUCCACCGCGAGGACCUGCUGGAGGUGCUGGACAUGUACCCCGAGUUCUCCGACCACUUCUGGUCCAGCCUGGAGAUCACCUUCAACCUGCGCGAUACCAACAUGAUCCCCGGCUCCCCGGGCAGCGAUGAACUGGACGGCGGCUUCAACCGCCUGCGGAAGCGCAAACUCUCCUUCCGCCGGCGCACGGAGAAAGACGCUGUCAACGCCGGGGAGCUGCGUGGUGGGACGAAAGCACUGCGGCCGAGCAGGAGCUGCCAGGCACCUGGGGCUCCCCGUGGGCCCGCAGAGUGGGAGCCGUGCCACUCCAGCUCCCCCUCCAGCUCCCCCUCCAGUGAUGAGGAUGAGCCCCCUGUGCCUGGGCCGGGGGCCACCGCGCUGUCCCCCUUCCGCAGUGCCCGCCUGGGCAGCGAGGUGCCUGCACCCACCGAGGCUGAGGAGCGCAAGGGCAGCGACAUGUGCAACCCCCUCUCAGGAGCCUUCUCGGGGGUCUCCAACAUCUUCAGCUUCUGGGGGGAGAGCCGGGGACGGCAGUACCAGGAGCUGCCGCGUUGCACCAUCCCAGCUCACGCCGCCCUCACCAUCCCACUGCCGCCCAUGAGCCGCCGCCAACGCUCCGAGGUGGAGACUCGCCUCGACCUCCUCCAGAAACAGCUCAACAGGCUCGAGAGCCGUAUGGCUGCCGACAUCAGCUCCAUCAUGCAGCUCCUGCAGCGCCAGCCGGCGCUGGUGCCCCCUGCCUACAGCGCCGUCUCUUCCCCCCACCAACCGCCCGGCCCCCCGUGUCCUCUGCAGCCCGUCCUCCCCAUCACCCCCAUCCAGCCGCUCUCUCAGGUUCCCAGUUACCCGGUGCCGCUGGAAUUGCCGCGGGCCCUGGACCCUCACCAAGAGCCGCCGCCGGAUGUGGUGUUACUGGUGGAGCCCACGGCUGUCCCACCGAGACGCCUGUCCCUGCCCGGGCAGCUGCCCGCCGUGCCCGACACACAGACCCUCCAUAGACACUGCUCGGAUCCCGGCAGUUAAUGGGCAGGGAUGCGGCUGGGGACCACCCCCCUCUCCCGGCGCCACGGGGACAUGUGGGACCUCCCCCUCCAACCCCGACCCCUCAGUCCCCAGGAGCCGGUGGGUUCCCGGCCGCCGUCCCCCACGGACAAUCCCUGCCGCUGCGGGGGGUCUGCGGGAGCCCCUCGGUACCCCCACAGUUAGCUGGCCUAACCCGGGGGCGGCCCGGCCACCCGCCCCGCCGGCGCGGCCAGGGCUGGCCGGACGUGUGCUGCUCUUUGCCUCCUCUUCCUCCUCCUUUUCCUCCGCUCCCUCCUCCUCCCUGUAGUGUCGCAGCCCUUUCCCCAGCCGCCGUCGCGGUGGGUCGGGGCCGCGCUGCCCCGGGGCCGGGGGGAGCGCGGCGGGGGCGGCGCGGGUGCGGGGGAGUGUGUGUGCGUGUGUCCUGCGUGUUCCCGCGGGGUCGCCGGCCCGCGCUCGCCCUCUGUGUGUGUGUGCACGCGUGCGUCCCGCUGUUCCGUGUGGCCGGGGGCUCUGCCUGAGCCGGGACACGCGUGUGCCCCCCGGGGAGGGACCGGAGCAGACGCGUGCCCGUGUUUCUGUGUGUUUCCCCGCCCCGAGACACGUUUCCCCCCCGCCGGGCCACGCGUGUGCGCAGCUGCGCAGGGUGGGGGCGUGUGGCGGGUGUGUGGCUCCCCAGCCCUGUGUCCCCCUCCUCGUCCUGGAUAGCCGGGACGUCUGUGUGCCCGGGGGGCAUCGCCGCAUGCCCAAGGGUUGGCCCCAUCCCCGCCGCCCCCCGGGGUCUCUCCCCGCACAACGGGGGCACUUGGCGGGGGGUGCGGAACCCCGGCAGCCCCCCAGCCCCCCGGUGCCACCCGCCGCGCCUGGGGAGGGGGAUGUCCCGGUGGGGAGGGGACGUGGGCAGGGACGGUGGCUGCUGCCCAACCCCUGCUCGCCCGCCGGCUCUUGGUAGCGUGUCCUGUGUUUGUGCCGUCGUCCUGUAGCCGGGCACCGCGUGUGCCCCCCGCCCCCGCCGUGCUGUUUCACGCCGCCCCGCAUGUCGCCUUCCGCGGUAGGUUCCUCCCCCCGCACCCCCCCAA